AUGGCAGUCGGCAAACCCGGAGAAGACAAUGGAAUGAUCGGAGAUGUCGUAAACUCGAUAUUCCAACCAGGAGUCAACAAAGGACUGCACCAGUUCACCAACUACGCAUUCAUUGGCCUGUUAGUGGUACUGCUGGCGUUGGGGAUCUUCUAUGAAUUCAACAUCCACGUUAUGUUCAUGCUGGUGCUGUCCACGGGCCUACUGAUAGCUAUCAACUGGUAUGUGGGCGUGCGCUGCUGA